CUGGUGUACAGGUUCCAGAGCCGACUAGGCUCUUAUCAUAUCUACAUUUGAGAAUGUGUAUGGAGUCAGCCUCCACAACAUCACUGCCUAUGCAUUCCAUCUGUUGACUACCCUGACCCAGAAAAUAUUCUUUCUAAGCAUCACAGAUCCAUGGCAGAGGAAGACUCGUGCUCAUCAUUAUGGCAGGACAAACUUACACAAGCAAAGCUCAAAAUAAAAAAAUGGGAGGGUGAAUACAAGGUAGUCAACAAUUGCCGUCCAGACAAGGCUGCCCUAGCAAUGGCACCAGAUGACAUAAAGGCGGCUUACAAAGCAUAUCACUUCUACCGUAAAGGUUUGGAACAAACUAAAAAUACUACUAGGGAGUACACAAGUGACAAGAAGGUGAGAACAAAUGGAGCAAGUUGUAAUGGAAAUUAUGAGACAGCUUUGAGUGAUCAAAUUGUUCAUUACAACAAUAUUCUUAAUAAUGGCGAAUCUUCAAAGAUUUUGCACUGUUCCAAAAGUGCAUCUAUUGACAGUAGUAAAGAUAAGAGCAUGGAUGAUGGAAUGGAAGAAGAAACUUUAACAUUAAACAGCACAGCGGUGCCUUCAGAAGAUGCAAACUUGUCCAGCCUGACGUGUGAAUUCACAACAGACAUAUCUACUCCACUUCCAAAAACCAGUAAUGGCAAUAUUUGGGGCAAACACCUCAACAAAGAUAAACAAACUCCAAUAAAAGUGAGCAGCAAGGACACUUCACUUUACACAAAAAUGGCAGAAAAGCUCCGGGCUAGUGGUACCAUAAAAGUAAGAACAUCCCUGAAAAAGCCAAAAAAGGAGGAGAAAAGACAUAUACCAACAAAUUCUAUGAAGCAGACUUCUAGUGUAAAACCAAACAUUCAGAAAGAUAAGGAAAAUAUUUCUAGCAUGGUACCUGAACAUAAAGCUGACUUCAGUCUUCAUGUCAGUGCCAGCACUCAAGCAGUUUCAACAGAGAACACAUUAAAAGGACACACUACCAUUGGGCUUGUUGAACCAGUUUCAGAUUAUAAAAUAUCGUGUGAAUCUGAAGCUAUGGAAGGGGCAAAGACAAGUGUCUUUGAUACUCUGAAAAAUAAUUAUUUUGAUGAUAAGUUAUUUGAGACUAAUAAAAUGCCUUUCAGACUUCACAAGAGACAAGAUGAUAAGAAAUUAAAUGUUCAAACAAUUAAGGCCGUUUCCAUCAUUACAUCUGCAGAUUUUGAUUUAGAAGCACUUGCUGUCAAGAAAAAAGCAGGUUUGAACCGUGGGUGGGUGGAGCGUUGUACAGGCACAGAGUUUGUAGAUGAAUCUAAGGAAAAAGUUGGGAAUGUAUCUUCUGAAAGUUGGAAGAUGAAACUUAUUGACAAAGAAUGGAAGGAGGAAGAGGAUGAGGAAGAUAGAAGUACUCCCCAGAGGUUACCACUAGAAAUUUCACCUUCACAUAUGAAUGCAGAAUGCACCCAGCCACAGCCGCACACUUCGUCACAUGUACGCACUCCAGCAGGCAGGAGAGAUAAUGUGUUGAAAAACUUUAAUGAAGAUGGUAUUGCAAAAGGAUACUCAAGUCAUGAAAAAGAGAACGACUCGCAUGGAGAAAUGCAUUUCAUGGAAAAGUCAAGUGCUGCUGCGACUGGUGUAAAACGCAAAAGAGUUACUUUGAGGAAUAAGAAGCACUCGAUAAACAAGGUUGGUAUUGGGACAGGCGAGCACACAGACGAUGAUCCAUAUGUUUUUGAUGGAGAGAUUUCUGGGAGUGAGAUCAACAACAGUCAAACAAGGCAAGAACCCAGAAGAGCAUUGAGAAGUGGCAUGACUUACAGCAUUGAGCCAAUUGAUGAAAUAGAUAAUAAUGAAAGAAUGAGUGAAAGCUCAAAACAGCAGAUGCCAACUGAAGAAAAAAGUAAUGAUAAACAUGUAAGAAAAAGGAAGAAAGUGGAAAGUUUAGAAGAAAUGGAGGAAAGUGGGAAAAUUCAGUCAAUUUGGCCACCACCCAAGAAGAAAAGAAUAGCAAGAAAGAAAGUACCAAAGGCUGUUGCAAUACCUGAGAGGAAACAGCAAAACAAAGUCUUGAAAAGAAUUCCUAAUAGAAGGAAGAGUUCAUCAGCGACUGCUAAUGCUACAUCCAUUGAUUCGACUGAUGGAGUACAAAAUAAAGAGCAAAAUGUAACCCAUUCCUCAAAACCUUUUGAGGAGGGCUAUGAGGAAAUUGAGGAUAUUGAGGCACAUGGUAUGAAAAACACAAACAAAAAGGCUGUUGGGAGUGCUGAAGACCGCUUUGUGAAGAAGGUUUCCUCGGGCUCUGCAAAUAAUAAUUAUGUACGUAUUAACUUGAAGAAAAAGGUAUUUGUCCGAGGCAAAAAAAACAUGACUGCUGGUAAAUACAAGAGGCAGGAAUGGAAAAAGAAGAAGGUUAUGAAGAGUGCCGAGGCAGGAAACGAGGGUGCUAUAAAGAAGCUUACGUGCUUCAAGUGUGGUGACUUUGGACACUGGGCCAAGAACUGUUCAGGUAAAAGGGGAGAUAAUCUUCUCUCUUUAGAGUAUUACAAUGAGACAGAAUCAAAUUUUCUCAGUCUUGAGGAUGCAGCAGCAAUGGCAAUGGGUAUCAAAACUUUUAGUGGUAAUGCAUUGUCAUCAUCAAAAAUGUUCACAAAGGUUGAAGAAUCUGACAAUAGAAAGGACUUUGAUGGUAAAUGUGUGCAAGGAGAUUUAGGCUUGCUUGCUGAUGAAAGUCAGAAAGCACAAGACGACUCUAACUGCAGUGAAAUGGUAAACACUACAUGUGAAUUAGUACAGAAGUGCAGCACAAAUAUAGAUGAAAGUCAGGCACAUUCACAGCCUAAUGAUCUUGUUGAAAUAUCAGAAGAGAUGGAAACAUUCAAUCAUGUGGAUUUAGAUGAUGAUCUAUUUGCAAACUUUGAUGAAACUAAUAUGCAGGCAAGUGACCCCGACAGUGAAAUUCCUUCACAAGGCUCAACAAUAACAAAUAGCCAGCAAUCUAGCACUUCAGCACAAUCAAGUUCAUCUUUCAGUCACUGGGCAUGUGACAGACCUACUGUUAAGCCACUUUAUCCAUUAGAAAAUGGAGACAUUGGUCCCACGUCAAAUGAGGUGUAUGAUGCACUUAAGAUGUUUGGUUUCUCAGCCUUCAGACCAGGUCAAGAAAAGGCUGUCAUGAGGGUUUUAUCUGGGCUGUCAACUUUGUUAGUCUUAUCAACAGGGUCUGGUAAAAGUUUGUGUUAUCAACUUCCAGCCUACCUCUAUGCCAAGCAUAAUAACUGCAUCACUAUAUGUGUAUCGCCUCUUGUGUCACUCAUGGAGGACCAGGUGAUUGGUCUUCCUAACUUCCUUCAUGCUGUCUGCCUUCAUACACAUCAAAAUGCAACCCAGCGGUCACAUGCCAUAAAUGCUAUUACAUCUGGGACUGCUCACAUUUUGCUAGUUUCUCCAGAAGCUGUGGUGGCAAGUAGUACAGGUGGUGUCCUCGGUACAUUACUUAAAGAACUACCUCCAGUAGCUUUUGCCUGCCUAGAUGAAGCUCAUUGUGUGUCAGAAUGGUCUCAUAAUUUCCGUCCGUCGUAUCUUCGUGUUUGUCAGGUAUUAAGGGAGAGGUUGGGUGUUCAGACAAUUUUAGGAUUAACUGCUACUGCCCGCCAAACCACAGCACUUAGUAUUGCACGACACCUACUCAUUCCCAAUUUUGAUGCUGGCAUAAUUCGUGGGACAAGCGUUCCCGAUAACCUACAUUUGUCUGUGUCUCGUGACCAAGUUCGGGAACAGGCAUUGAUAUCUUUGCUUCAGGGAGACAGGUUCUCUUCGUGUAAGUCUAUCAUCAUCUAUUGCACAAGACGAGAUGAAUGUGAGCGAGUUGCCACAUUAAUCAGGUCUCAACUCUUGGAUCCUAAAAAAGUUGAUGUGAAGAGCAACCUAAAAAGAACGAAGGGAAUAUCAUUUGAUGCCGAGGCAUACCAUGCUGGAUUAAGCUCACAUAGGCGACAGCAAGUUCAAAAAAGGUUUAUGUCUGGUAAACUGAGAAUAGUUGUUGCUACAGUAGCCUUUGGCAUGGGAAUAAAUAAGUCAGAUGUACGGGGUAUCAUCCACUUUAACAUGCCUAGAAAUGUAGAAAGCUAUGUGCAGGAGAUUGGACGUGCUGGCCGGGAUGGGCAAGAUGCUCAUUGUCAUCUCUUUCUUGAUGCACUUGAUGGAAGGGACAUCCAGGAACUCAAGAGGCAUAUAUAUGCCAAUUCUGUGGAUCGACAUACAGUAAGAAAACUCCUCAACAAAAUAUUUAAACCCUGCACUUGUGCCAAAGUUAAAAGCCUUGAAAGUUUUCAAGAAAGCAAGGAGGAGGGUAAAUGUUAUAAGGUUAAUGAUAUUGAAGACACUAUUUCUGAUAUUCCAGCAUCUGAAUUGCCACCUUGUGCGCCUUUGUCGCCUGUCAGCAGCCAGGCAUCCAGGACAAUUGAAGACCAAGAAGACAUAAAAAACUCGGAUAUUGAAUCAUCUGCUCCAGGCCCUUUUUCAGUGCAACUGCCUGUUUCCUCCUGUCCUCGACAUGAGAUAGCAAUACCCAUACAUAAUUUAGUGGAGGAACUAGACCUUCCUGAAGAAAAUUUGGAGACUUUGUUAUGUUACAUAGAGUUGCACCAGGGAAACCUUGUUCAUCUUAAAUCACAUGUGUAUUCAAACUGCAAUGUUUCUUGCUAUGGAGGGCCCAGACAGUUAGUUGCCAUAAGUCACCGAUGUCCACCUCUGGCCGUCGCAAUUGCCCUUGAACGUCAGAAAGGAGUUAGCUUUGAAAACACCAGCAGAGUGAGUUUCCCAGUAGUGGAGGUAUCAUCUCGAAUGGGCUGGGACAGCAAGAUUGUUAAAAGGGAGUUAAAGGCACUAGAAUGGAACACACAAGCUCUUUCAAAUGGAGGAAAGGUCAAGCGAUCAGGAGUGACCGUAGAGUUGACUGAUCUAUCUUUUCACUUGGAAGCUCGCGGAGACUUGAGUGAUGAUGAGUGUGAUCAGUUAUUAGAUACCUUAUUUAAGAGAGCUCGGACUCAGGAACAUGACCAAUUAAGACAACUCCAUUAUACGUAUGAACUGCUUCGUUCCGUAUCACACAGCUCCCUUCUGUUAUGCUGUGAUUCAGUUGAUAUGGACCGAUGUGUCAAACUUAAAACAGAAUUACGGGAAUACUUUUCCAAAGAAGGUAAAGACCUAUCCGGAGUUAUAAUUCAGGAAAAAGUUUAUAUACGACCCGAGAUAGAAGCAGGUGUUCGUAAUAGCGUACGUGCUCUUAUAUCUACCCAUGUGGAUCAGCAGUGGACUGGUCGAGCAGUAGCCCGAGUAUUCCAUGGUAUUGGCUCGCCAAAUUUUCCUGUUGAGGUAUGGGGCCGUGUUAGACGGUUCUGGAGGCAACAUCUAAAUAUUGACUUUAAUGUGCUUUUAAAUCUUGCUACUCAAGAGAUUCUAAGGUGUAAAUAAAAUUUCCUCUUGUAAACACUGUACAUUUCAGUACGGUACUGUUAUUUUUAACCAGUGAAUUUAUUUAUUUUAGUCUUGAUGUCAAAAUUAUUCAUAUAUAAUGUAACAGUACUUUAUAUGAAAUUGUCUUCUUGUUGUUUUAUAUAAUUUUUAUGGCCAUUGUAUUGCCAAAAAAUUUACAAAUAACAUUUUUAUUUAAAUUUACAUUGCAAUUGUAAGAUAUAAAGCUUAAACAAAUUCUAAGACACUUUUUAUUGUGGGAUUUCUAAAUUAUUGUAAAUUUUAUAAACAAA